AGCCGCAAACAAGCCUCUGAGAAUUAGUUAUCACCAGCGAAUCUUCGUUUUCGUUUCUUCGGAUAUUAUCAGAGAGAAAGAGAGAUAGGUUGUAUCGUCGCUAUGGCCCGUUCUUUGACCAUCGCUCUGGUUUUAACCGCACUGGUUGCUGUCAACUCCCUCAGUAUUGUUCCAGCUGACAAGGAGGGAAUAUGUCCUCGUGUUAUGACCCGACCAGCGUGCUUCCCAGGGGACGAGGUUGACGAAUGUACGUUUGAUGUUCAGUGUACUGGUCGUAAGAAGUGCUGCCCGGAUGUAUGUGCCAGGACAUGUAGAUGCCCAGAGCUUACCUGUAGGCUGGACUGCUCCGACCAAGGUGGCUUCGCUACGGGACUCGAUGGCUGUCCAGUAUGCCGAUGCGCCAGUCCGCCAACUGAAGAGCCGCCAACGCUCAACUGCAACCUGGUCGACUGCAAGCCGGUUGAAUGCUACAAUGCUAUCACCCCGCCGGGACAGUGCUGUCAAGUUUGCCCAACUCUGCCACCACUCGACUGCGCUCUCGUCCUUUGCGCUGCUCCUGAUUGUCUUAACUACUAUGUUCCUGAAGGACAGUGCUGCCCAGUGUGUCCAACACCUCUGCCACCACUCGACUGCGCUCUCGUCCGAUGCGCUGCUCCUCAUUGUGACAACUACUAUGUUCCUGAGGGACAGUGUUGCCCAGUGUGCCCGCCACCGCUGGACUGUACAGCGGUGCUGUGUCUGCGACCAGUGUGCUCCGAUGGAUCUGAGCCAGUCACUCCACAGGGACAAUGUUGUCCAGUCUGCCCUACACCUGGUCCGACAAAGCCUUCCCUGGCCACAGUACCGCCUACCCUGGCCACUGUGCCACCAACACCAACGUGCCCAAAGAACGAAGUCUACUCGCAAUGUCAAGGUGGUGCAUGUCAGCCUACGUGCCAGGGUCCAGUCAACUGCCUUGUGUGCAGUCCUGGAUGUCGAUGCAAAGCUGGCUACGUCAAGCUCUUCACCAAUGGGCCAUGUGUGCCAGAGAAAAACUGUCCAACUUGCGGCGCGAAUGAGGAAUACCAGCAGUGCGGCGGCGCAUGCCAGCCAACAUGUAGCAGCUCCGUCGUGUGCAGGGCUUGCUUCCCUGGCUGUGCUUGCAAGACUGGCUACAUCAAGCGGUCGGCCAAUGGCCCGUGUAUUCCCAAGAAACUCUGCCCAAGUUGCCCCGCCAAUGCUGAAUACACUGAAUGUGGUGGCAUUUGCCAACCAACAUGCACGUCUAUCUACACGUGUUACGCCUGCUCGCCUGGCUGCUCAUGCAAGCAGGGCUAUAUCCUGUCUAGUGCGAACGGACAAUGCAUCCCGACCAAGAAGUGCCGAGGUGUGUAUAAAGGAAAGUGAACACACGUUAACAUUAACGUGAACGUUAACGUUAACAUAAUACGUCAUAACAUACAACCGUAGUCCAGUUCCGUUUUCAAUCAUCUGCCAUCGACAUGUACAUGUACAUGUACAUUGUUCGUUUCACAUUUCAAUUUCGUUAUCAGCUUUCGCUAUGCUAUACACACAAGUAUGGUAUGCACUACUCUGUACCGUCGAAGCACAUUCUCGAUUUCAAUCAUCCUGAAGAGUAUACCAACUCUGCAGCCAAUUGCCUAGCUAACUAUGAUCUACAUGUAGAAACACUUCGUUUUACAAACUACCACUGUCUUGCAGGGACAUUAGAAGUCUUGUUGGCGAGCAAUAUUUUGCAAGUCAUUCUAUAGCAGUUCUUGAUUAUAGUCUCCGACAAUUGUUGGCUUGAUACACCAUCAUUUACUCGUAUCUACACUUUCUAUCCUAUACAUAUUUUGUUCAAAACUUCGUUUCCUGGA